AAAGGACAGAGUGUCUUCACUGAGGAUCGCCUGUUGUUGUUGUUUUUCCAAACAAAGUGAUAACAAUCAAAGUGAUCAAUUGAGACGCUUAAUUAAUGAGUCACAAUCCGAUUCCUCACCACUGUGGAUUUAGCAGUUGAGCUCUAAUUGAACUCCACAGCAAUCCAAUUUUACCAAUUCACCUGCAAUUAGAUCACCGGAUGGCCCCAGAUUGACUGCCCGAAAAUUGACAGUGUGAAUCAAUUCACGAGUGACUCUGUGAUUAUCGUGUUGGGACAGAUGCUCAGGCCGCGAUCCGAGUGCCAAAUGGAUCCACUCCUAAUCUCACUACACUUCAACCGUCCAAUUAGAGCCUGAAGGUGCCAGAAAGUUGAUCAAAUUCCACAGAAAUCGCAGACACAGUGAGACACAUUCCGCCAAAUCUCAUGUGAUAAUGGAUAGUGGACUGAAAUACGCAAGGCAAUCGCGAAUGAUGGUGCUUUAACUAUUGAAAUCACGUUCGCGAGUGACUUCUCAUUGAUAUUUUGUGUCCAUCCCUUGGCAGAUAAUUGUGUGACGGCAUCAAAAUUGAGGACUUAUUCAAGAUGAACCAAACGUGCAAGGUGUGCGGCGAACCCGCGGCAGGAUUCCACUUCGGCGCUUUCACGUGUGAAGGAUGCAAGUCCUUCUUCGGGCGCUCGUACAACAACCUGUCAUCGAUCUCGGAGUGCAAGAACAACGGCGAGUGCGUGAUCAACAAGAAGAACCGGACGGCGUGCAAAGCGUGUCGCCUGAAGAAGUGUCUGAUUGUUGGGAUGUCCAAGAGCGGCUCUCGCUACGGCCGCCGCUCGAAUUGGUUCAAGAUCCACUGCCUGCUGCAGGAGCAGCAGCAGGCCGCCGCGGCGGCGCACGGGAACAGGAAGACGCCGCCGCCAGGCCUGCAGAUGCUCGGCCACCCGGCCGCGUAUCCGCCCGGCUAUCCGCUGCAGCGGCCGCCGUGCACGAAGGAGGAGCUGAUGCUGCUGGGCAUCGAGGACUACAGCAAACACCCGUCCGCCUCGCCGUCCGUCAGCUCGCCGGACAGCCACAACUCAGACAGCAGCGUUGAGGUGGGCGACCGGCGGAAUUCCCUGCUGCGCAAGAUUCCCGACCACCCGCCGCCGCUGAGCAAGGAGCAGCUCUUCUUGCCGCUGCCCUUCGCCGGACUCACGUCCCUGCCGAUGAUGCCGCCGCCCGGCUUCCUGCCUCAGUCGCCACUCCUCUUCCCCGGCUACCAUCCGGCGCUGUAUCCGCCACACCAGGGCCUCCUGAAGUCCGCCGAGCAGCAGCAGCUGUUGAGCCAGCAGGCCGCCGCAGCCGCCGCCGCCGCGGCCGCGAACAACAACAGUCGCUUCACACCAAACCACAAUAGCAAAACCGCCGAGGAGCUCACGAAGCGCUUCUACCUCGACGCCGUGCUCAAGUCGCAACUAUCGCCCAGCAAUGGCGCCACGAAGAGCGAGCCCGAUGACGAGGACGUGGACGCCGAGGAUGUGGUGGCCCUCACGCCGCCGCGGUCGCCGUCGGCCGCCAACGAGACCACCAUCCAGGAGAACCCCAUUGAUCUGAGCAUGAAGACGGGCAGCAGCACGACGUCCACCGGCGGCAGGAGAGCGUCCAGCGAGGUGAGCGACGUGGGCUCGGAGCACGAGGACGCGUCAGAGAAGAAGCUGGCCAACGGCAGCGACCUGGAUGACGAGACGGAGUACGAGCGCGAGGUGAAGCGCAUGAAGACACAGGGCACAACCCCACUUGAUCUCACCACGAAAGUCUAGCUGGGGCCUAGAACUGACCGCAAUCAGUACAACGACUUUCUCACCUCCGAACAGAUUCACUGGGCUUCUCUCGCACUGGCAAGAUUUAGAAGCAAUUGUCGCAUGUGCACUUCGAGUGCUCUUCAGCAGGUGAAGUUAAUCUCGCUUUUACUGAAAUUUCACUGAUUUCAAGCUUGUAAAUCGCUGAAUUGCACAUGCGACAAUUGUUUGCAGACUGACAAGAACGACAAGAAUAUUCCGUAAAUUCAAAAUAUCGCAUGAUAAUCCAUUCCUUAACGACUGAAUGUGGAGAUUUGGGGGACUGGGAAGCGCGUGGCUUCAAUAGUGCGCGCUUUUGAGAGUCUGCAAGGGAAUCUGUCUCAGCGAUCUCCACCCAUUUCCGAUCGCUGAGACGGUGUAAUUGCAGGAAGACGUGGCGGAUAAUCACAGAGUGACUAUGUCACUGAUUGGGCCGAAAUGCGUUGGAUGGUGUGCCCUCGAAAGAGAUGAAAGGGUACCAAAAGGAGAAAAAAUGGAGUCACAGUGUGUGCACCAAAUGCUCAAGAGCUCUGCGGGAAGACGAGGCCAGGAGAGAAAAAGGCAUGAAUGAUUGACGUGUGCGCUCAUACACCAACGCACUAUUCCUCCACUUCUUCCUUCCCUUUUGGGCACACCAGCCAGAUCAAAAAUAUGAGUCAUCUAAUUAUAUCACGUCUGACUUAGAUGCGGUGGAAGCAAGUUGCGAACAUCGCGCGCUCGUGAAAUUGAGUGAAGAGAUGAUUGCUGAUGAAUCGUGGGAUGAAUGCACUUGGAGUGGAUUUCAUUGUGCCACUCCUGUGGGAGGCGAAAUCAUCAAAUUCAGAGCCCAGCGCGCUGCAAUUUGGUGAUCGCCUUUUUCGCACCCACCCGCGCUGCCCAUUUGCAUACCAGACACUCUGUCAUUGACGUCUUCGCCAUCCUCAAUUUAACGCUACAUCAAGUGGAGGCUGAAGCUACUCUCGAAAUCUCGCAAAUCUUCCACCAAACAUUUUUGCGCGCGAAAAUGAAAGCUGUCACAUCGGCCAUUUAUUCUUAGUCCCCGCAGAAAUCGUUCAUCACCCAGAGUCAAUUGACAUGGAGUUGGAAUUAAGAUAAGGAAAUGCGCGUCUGACCAUAUCGAUAAUCACUUUAAAAACAGUCAAACUCUCUUUUAUCGUCCAAUUAACAAUUUUAUACCGCCAAGAUUAGAGACGAGCUCACUCUUCGGCGCAAAAUAAAUCACUGAGAGUGUGAAACUUUCUUUUUUAUCAGGCUCAGAAGAAAAAAGCCAAACUAUUUUGCAUCUCGCGCGGUGAAACUAUGGCUUAAAACACAUUCUCAAAGCGCGAACUCCCAUGUCACUCCUUGAGGUGAAGACACACCGCGAAAGAGGGUGGAUGUGAUGUGUGUUGCCAAGGUGAAAAUCAAUUGUCAGGCUUUCAUUUUGGCGUGCAAAUUGAAUUAUGCUCAUUGGACUGACAAGUUCACCCCAUGGGGGCAUACAAAUACGCCACAAGAGCUGUCCGAAUCCCACCUUCGCGGGAUGAGUGCGCCAGCAAUCAAUUAAAGUGGAUUAAAAGAUUUGUGUGUGGCUCUGAGGUGGGGAAAAACCUGUUGGAAUCUCACCGCAUUUGUGGGAAAAUCAUAUCGCGCAAUCAGUUUGCAUUUUGACUACAUUUUCAGAGGGCAAACUUUCGAGUUCGCCAAGAUAUUUGCACCCAAUUAGGCUUCAAUAAGAGCGCAAAUUAACAUGCCUGAAAAUUUCCCGCGAUUUUCCCCCAAUCAACACCCAGUCGAGACGCCCAGUGGAUCUGCUGAGGGCCAGUAUAGUGACUAAGGGCUAACUUUAGCAUUGACGAAACUCAAUUACCAUGACUCUAAUUUUCUGUACAAUUUGUUGUGUUGUCGCUAAAAGGCCAGUUUCUCAAAGACAUGACCACGUGAAUGAUGUAUUGCAAGACAUUAUGUAUAGAAAGCAAUGUUGAACGAUUUUAAUUUAUUCUUAUCCACCCUCCAUUGAAGGGGUGGGAAAUCAAUUGCAGAACAAGAGUUCCAAGUGUGGUGCAGUUCAUGAAACUCAAACCAUAUAUUCAAUUGCGUCAUGAGGUCAAAAAAAUUGUAGGUAAUAAAAAUUGUGAAUAUACAUAGUUGCAUUGUGUAAUUUUAUCAAUCUCACCUCUUUGCGCCUCCAUUCCGAUGUUCAGGAAUGCCGAGAGUCGACAAGAGGCAGAAUAAGUGUAUAGAUAGAUGGUAUAUUGAAGAGGAAAUAAGGAAAAAAAGCAGCAAAAAAAAGGAUAGUGAAUAGAUUGAGAAUUAUACAGUAAAUGUUCUUACUAGUGAUAAUGUUGUAGUGUUUUUUUUUUAUUAGGGUUGUAAAAUGUUAGUGAAUGAAUUUGUUGAGAUAUUAUACUUGUGAGAUAGAAGACAUUUCAUCUUAAGCAGUUAAGUCAGUGCGAAAAUUCACCACAGAAUGUCCAAUUUGGUGGUAGAAAAGACAAGGAAAUCACGCAGAAUAGGUAAAAAGGACAUUCAUGGCCAGUACAAGAAGCAAGCAAUUAUACGAAAUAAUCUUAUUAGAGUGUUUAGUGGACAAGAGAGAGAGAGAACAUCUUCUUGGGCUGUUUUGGGCAAAAGGAGACAUUAAAUGUGCGAAAAAAACUGUGUACUUUUUUGUAGUUGAAGAAUAUAUGCAUGAAAAGGCGCAAAUAAAAUUGUAUAAAUUUACUGUGAGCA